CCUCUCCACCUCCUGAGUUGGGGGGAAGGGUGGGGUCGGGGUGUGUUUAUAAGCAAGUGUGCACCACCGUUGCACCUUCUUGACUGUAUGUGAACACACUCGUGUCUUGCUUGCUGCACUUGGUAAAAUCAGUCUCUCUUUAUUAAGUGUUCGGGUGUCCAUUGAUGCGUUUCAGUGACACAUGUCUAAUGAUUGAUGUUGAACAUCUCUAAAUUCAUUUUUACUUUAUUUUAUGUGUAUCAGGUUUUGCUGGCUCGUGCAUCUGUGCACCAUGCACAUGCCUGGUGUCCUCUGAGUCCAGAAGACAGGGUUUGGCUCCCUGAGUUGCAGACGGUUUUGAGACACCGUCCGUGUGCUGGGAAUUGAAGCCUGCUCUUUUUUGAGAGUAGAAAGUACUCUUAACUGCAGAACCAUCUUUCCAGCCCUGUCCACAUUCUUACUAGGUUUAAGAUUGAAUUUUGAGAGGUUUUGUGUAUUUGGGUACAGUUACUCAUCAAAUAGAUUUUCUGCCAAAGUGUCCCAGUCCAAGGCCUGCCAUUGACUGACUGUGUGGGGACUUUCUAAGAGAGAGAGUUUUACAUCUCAGUGAAAUCUAACCUGUGAGGUUUUUUUUUUUUACAUUGGUGGUACCUCUAUAAUGUGGUACUCAAGACAUCUUUGUUAACCCAAAGCCAUACUGUAUGUUCCUAUGUUUUCUUCCAAAAGUUUUAGAGCACCAGGUUUUAGAUUUAGAUGUAUGAUCUGUUUCUAGUUAAUUUUUACACAAAUAUCCAUUAUGGGUCCAGGCUCGUUUUCUGCAUAUGGAAAUUCGGUUGUUCUCACAUUGUUUAUUAGAAGGCUUAUGUCUGAUAAACUCCCUUGCUCAAUCUCUAAAGUAAGUUGUCUGUUAGUCAGUGGCUAUUCAUAGCUAAAUGUAAGCAGGAUGCAGUUCUUGAUUAUGUGUUUGGGGCAGGUUUAAUAACACUUUUGGUCUCUUUAUUCUGACUGUACAGAACCUUCCCUUCUCAAAACUUCCUUUUUUACUUUAUUUUAUUUCAGUUGUUGUUAGGUGAGAAGCUGUUGUCACAAAGAUGCAGUCCCAGCAAGUCACAGACCUGUUAUUGCUUGUCAGUCAGAGUUCCCAACGCUCUGCCUUCCACCUAAAUCGAUGCCUUCGCUUUCAUUUUUUUCUAGCUAUAUCUUUCCUUUCCUUUGUGUAUUCUACUGAGCUCAGGGCAGGUGCUAGAGAAAGUGUCCCCUUCCGUUGGAAGCCCAGGCAGGGCAGGGCAGGGAGAUGGCUCGGUUAUUAAGAGGCUCCACGCCCUCCCAGAGGACCCAAGUGUAGCUCCAGGAGGGACUAGAAAAUCACAUACAACUGGGUACCCAGACCUUUGACGGCUUGUUAGCCCAAAUGGGGCCAGCUGUUGGCAGCAGUCACAGUCUAACCUGUCUUCUGUCUUAACAUAGCGCCGCUUAGCUGCUGCUGUGCUGCCUGCUUGCGGCCCAGAAGCAGUGGGCCUCUGGGAGUUUGAGGCCAGCCUGGUAUACCUAGCAAGUUUCAGACCAGCCAGGGCUACACGGUGAGCCCUGUCUUAACAAACAAGCUUCAAGACAGUCUUCAUAGUUGCCAUCCUUUCUGCAUUUGUUCGUUUACCAACACAAGCCAGGCACUUUCCAUGGUGGAGAUGUAGCAGAGAAUGCCGAGAGCAUUGCUGUGGUAAAGGAAGGAGUCUUUCCGCGUGUUUCUGAAUGUUUUAGCCUGUCGGCUCUGUAGGCGGCAGGUAGCCCAUGGGCUCUCUGAGCUCCUCUCAGGAUGCCUGCUCAUGAGCCCUUUCUCUUUGUUUUUGCAUUCCCGAGAAGUAUAGAACUUAUCCGGUUCUGAAGUUUAACCUAAGAGGGACAGUCUCUGCUCUAUAUUGCUUUUACUUUGACAUUCAAACAUGGCUGUUCUUCCAGAUCCCACCUGCCCAGCCACAUGGCAGGCCUUCAGGAUCAGUGUGGCCACUUCUUUCUUCCUUAGUUCCUACCUGGGUCCAUGGCACAUUGCGCAUCAUGUCCAUGUUUCCUUGUCUCUGUUACCUCACUCUGACUGCCUUCUGCACAGCAUAAUUGUCCUUGCCCUUCCCCCACGGCCCGAAUUUAUCGUCUCUCAUAUAGAUGGUGACCACUUACCUGGUCUCCUUGUCUGACAUCACCUUGCACGCAUUGCUAACUGGUGAAAGCUGAGCUCCAUCGGUGCCUGCAGGGUUAAUUUAAACUCUGGGAUGCACACGGGGCUUCUUUUUAAGCCAGUGUAUUUAAUGUUACCUCUCCAACAGUAACACUGGUGUACAGUGUAGAGAGCAUAGCUCCACAUGCCUGGUGCCAAGUGACCUGCAGCACUGUCCCCUUGCUCAUCACAGUCUCUUUCAGGGCACUGUGAAGCAGGGCAGCUCCUCACCAGCUGGUCCUGGUCAGAACUUUCAGGGAUCCUUUCUAUAGGUCAUCACCUGGGACCUUACUCUGCUCUUGCUCUUUCUCCAGGCUCUAAUCACCUAGCAUGGGCAGGUGACUGUCCUGCCUCCCUGCUUCGUCUUCCUUCCACACCUCACCCAUCCUGUGUGCCUAACAGCUGGAGCAGGACCAAAUUAGGGUGUCGUGCAGUGAUGCCUGAUAAGACACCCUGUUUGUUCAUCUGUGUUUCCGAAGCCGGAGCCAUGACCUGACACCCUGAUGCCUACUGUCAGGGCCUCUGUGCAACUGGCACGUGAACCAUGGAACUUAAGGUGUGGGUGGAUGGAGUCCAGAGGAUUGUCUGUGGCGUCACGGAAGUCACAACUUGCCAGGAGGUUGUCAUAGCCUUAGCCCAAGCUAUCGGUCGAACUGGAAGGUACACACUUAUAGAGAAAUGGAGAGACACUGAACGGCACUUGGCACCGCAUGAAAACCCCAUCGUGUCCUUAAACAAGUGGGGGCAGUAUGCCAGUGACGUGCAGCUUAUUUUGCGUAGGACUGGGCCAUCUCUCAGUGAGCGACCCACCUCAGACAGUGUGGCCCGAAUUCCUGAAAGAACUUUGUAUCGACAGAGCCUUCCCCCCUUAGCCAAGCUCCGGCCUCAGGUGGACAAGUCCAUCAGAAGGAGAGAGCCUAAAAGAAAGUCUCUCACCUUCACAGGGGGCGCCAAAGGGCUGACAGACAUUUUUGGAAAAGGCAGAGAGACUGAGUUCAGGCAGAAGGUGCUGAGUAACUGCAGGGCGACAGCAGAGGAGCUGAAGAGGCUGAUCCGCCUGCAGACGGGGAAGCUGCAGGCCAUCGAGAAGCAGCUGGAGUCCAGUGAAGCAGAGAUACGGUUCUGGGAGCAGAAAUACAGCUGCAGCCUGGAGGAGGAGAUUGUCCGCCUAGAGCAAAGGAUCAAGAGGAAUGAUGUGGAGAUCGAGGAGGAAGAGUUCUGGGAAAAUGAACUACAGAUCGAACAAGAAAACGAGAAGCAGCUGCAGGAUCAGCUGGAGGAGAUACGGCAGAAAGUGACCGACUGUGAAGGCAGGCUGAAGGACUACCUGGCCCAGAUCCACACCAUGGAGAGUGGUCUCCAGGCAGAAAAACUGCACCGGGAAGUUCAGGGGGCCCAGGUCAACGAGGAGGAGGUGAAAGGAAAGAUCGAAAAGGUCAAGGGGGAGAUGGACCUUCAAGGGCAGCAGAGCCUGAGGCUGGAGAAUGGUAUUAGAGCUGUGGAGAGGUCUCUGGGGCAGGCCACAAAGCGCUUACAGGACAAGGAACAGGAGCUGGAACAGUUGACUAAAGAGCUGCGGCAGGUCAACCUCCAGCAGUUCAUCCAGCAGACAGGGACCAAAGUCACCGUGCUGCCAGCUGAGCCCACCGAAAUCGAGGCCUCGCAGGCAGAUAUAGACACAGAGACGCCAUUCCAGUCUGGGUCCCUGAAGCGACCUGGUUCAUCUCGGCAGCUCCCCAGUAAUCUUCGUAUUCUACAGAACCCUGUCUCCUCUGGUUUUAAUCCUGAAGGCAUCUAUGUAUAACACUGUCUUUGGGGGAAGGAUCCAGCAAAAAUACCAUGGACAGUAAAAUCCUUUGGUUUGUGCCAAUUGAACAGAGGGUCCGUUCCCAAGCCGCAUCCUCUCUCCCAACCACAUGCCACUCGGAGCCAUGCCCUGUGCACUGAUGCUGAACAUGGAGCCCGGUCUCUCUUCGCAGUAUUGACAUGUUGUCCAGCAGCUGGAAUGCAAAGCCUUUGUUUUUAUUUGUAGCAUUUUGAGAACAUUAGGAAAGCAUUACUCUAUGUUUAUACAUGAGUACACCCUGAAUUAAGAGUAAAGAAGUUAUGUGACUGCUUAGUUUAAUUUAUUCCAUGUAAUUGAUUAAUGUAUGAAUGUUGCUCUUUAAUAUUUUGUUAGUACUUACCCUGUGACUUAACUCUGUUAAAUGUUGUGGGGCUCUGACUGUGUGCAUGCUGGCAGACUCCAGCUGAGCUUUGCUCAUGUACAGCUGCAAAGCCUCAUGGGCACUCCACCAUCCAGACUGACUCCAUGGAACCUGCUGCACUUACCUGGAGCCUCUCUUAGCCUUGCUUAAGUGAGAUAGUUCAGCUCGCUUUCUAGUCUGGAAGUUAAUUGUUCCUUUACAGUAUUCCAAAUGUGGCAUCACAGAAAUAUUGUGAAUGAAGUAAGUUGGUCAUGUAAGAUGCUCGUGAUCACAGACGGUCGUGGUGCACUCUGUCGUAGUCCACGCCGUGAGGCUCUCCUGCCUUACUGCCUCCUCCUGUGGGUCCCCAUGAGAAGGAGAGGUCCCUGGGGAUCCGGCUGGUGUACUUCGGGAAUCAUGCGCCAGGUGAUGCACUUCCUCCGUGAACGCCACGCCAUGCACAGCAGGGUGAGUGCAGCUUGCCAAGACUCCCGACAUGGACUGGGUGCUUUCUCUAGACAUGGAGACAGAAGGAGGAAGCACUGAGGUCGGGUAUUUUUUUAACCAAGGAAAUAAAAUUUAAUUCAGAGUAUGUUUUUUAUUUUUAAGUUUGACUUUAUAGGAUAUUAGUCUCCAUUUAUAUUUAUAUCAUUUGUGUAUAAAGCCAAAAAUGAGUCAGUACUUUUCUUAUGAGCAGUGACUUUACUGCGUUCCCCAGGAAUAUCUAGACAGGUGCUGUCUGGUGCCUCAGCCCUUCACGUCCGCUCUAAGUAAAUUUGGUACAGUGCAACUAAGACUUUAAUCCGAAAUUUAAAGUAGCCGUUAAUCCUGAAAAGAAUGCAUCCUCUGUAUUAUUUACAUGCAGUAACAUGAAUGUGGGUUAGUAUAGUGAUGCUGUAACAACACUUGAGGCAAGUUGGUGUGUGGCCACCUCCAACUUACUUUUGGUGUAAUGAAUGUUUAAUAAGCCGAGAAUGCUGCUUUAUUUUGGUUUCUAAUGAAAAGGUUCAAGAAUGGCUGUGAAGGAGUAGACAGUCCUAGAGAACUGAAAUCCAUGCAGUGUUGCCUUCUUACCCAAGCUGAAGGCUGACUCAUCACCAUUGGGUCCUGCUGUCACUGUCAUGCAGAUAACUUGAAAUGUAAAUUAUUCUUUCUGAAAUAACCAUCGCCUGAACACAGUUGCUCCAGAUUUGUAACAACUGUUUCAUAUCUAUAUACAUUUAAGAAGAAUAAUUCAAAGUCAAAGUAACUUGUAGCUUUUGGUGAUACUGUAGCCCACACACCCAGCACCUGCCUUACUCUCACUCUUCCUCUACUGAGUCAUUGUGUGGUUCACAUAAAUUGAAACCUUGCUCAUAAAGGAAAACAUUGUACAAAUGGAUUAUCUUCUGUUUAAACCAAAAUGUUGGCUGUAGGUAGGUUAAACUCUAUGAAAAAUAAAGAUGAAGCUGGGCGAGGUGGCUCAUGACCAUGAUUCCAGCACUCAGAAGGCUGAGGCAGGACAGUUGCUAUGAGGGCCAGGCUAUCCUAAGUUACAGGGGAAGUUCUAGGAUAGCCUGGGGUCUAGUGUGAGACCCUUUGGAAAGAAAGGGAACUGCACAAAUCCCUUGGCAUCUUGGCACGCACACUGUGCACAGCACACUCCGUCGUGAACUGCCUGCUUGCUGAGGAUCCUAAAGCAGGGCGCUCUUCCCACCAGCUCCCAGCAGUCCUGGCUCUCCACCACUAUCACCUCUGAGCUCCGGAAGCUGCCAGCUACUCUCCAGGCCUCCCUGUCUCCCUGAUGGGCGGGGCGCAGCCAUGUGAGCUUACAAACACGCUAAGUAGCUGUGCUGGGUCACGAGUCACAGGACCUGCACAGGCACACCACUGUCCAGUGUUUUCUAAAUCUUUUUUAGCUUGGGGAAAACAACUAAUUUGUGUAGGAACAUCUGAAAAUAUUUUAGUCUGCUGUCACAGUUUUUACCUAUUGUGACUAUAAAUGAAUUGGCUUAUGAACCCUACCUUUGGCUACAUGUCAGACGGGUGCAGCCAAUGGUAUUCAAAAACUACCAAAUGUAAAAUUUUGCAUAUGGAGAAGUAUACAGGUUCUAAAUAAUAAAUUAGAUCACAAAUUUUUGUGUCUUUUUAAUUACUACUACAAGUUAUAUUAUGUGGUUUUUCUACAGGUAUUAAAUAUAUUCCAAAUUUCUUUCUUACCAAUGAAUAAUUUGAAUAUCAUUGGUCUCUUUGACCUAUAGAGCAUCCUCUUUCUCAGAGAAUCACCCACAGUGGGUUACCUCAGUGUGUGUGUUUUGUUUUUUUUUUCAAUCUCCUUUAUAUUUAGUGUUCCUUUUUUGCCUCAGUGAACAGGGAAGUUUUAAUAUGUGAGGCUUCACAAGCUGCCCUCUGACUGUGCAGAUUGAUAGAUAACUAUCAAUGAGCAGCUCUGCAGCUCUGACAGUCGUGAGCAGAGCCCCACCCUCAGAGUCUGCACCGUGAAGAUGCAGCUCGUGGUACUCACUGUGGCGUGCAGCAUCCAGGCUGACACAUCAGCACUGCUCCACAGCUAAGAGCGCGGUCCUGCGGUAACAUAGCCCUUCACUUAGAGCAACAUCUGGGAACACCUUUACAGGUUGAGGUUGAUUGAUUGAUUGCUUGAUUGAGGAAAUCAUGUGGAAAAGACAAAAGCCCGACUGCAGGCGGGCACAGGGAGACAGGCCGUUAGCAUUGGGCAUUGCCUUUGACAGGUUAGGCCUUAAAGUACAUUAAGAUGCUCUGACUGCUUCCCUAACACAAGCCUGUUCAUCGGUGAGGCUAGCUCAUGAGUAUUCCUUUUGUAUCAUGCCAGUGUUUUUAAGUUGUGUGUUUGUAUGUCUGCUGUGGUAUUUUUAAGUUCCGGGAGAAGGCUGCCGGCUGUGUCAGCUCACGGCCAUCAGUAUUUACUCAGUAUUGCUGCUCCACAUUUCCCAGUGCGCCUUCAAUGCCAGGACAGUGGCUGCGUCCAAGCUGUGGGAACACUUUCCCACUCAAUUUUAUAUAUAUUUUUAGAAACCAAAUGACCAUAGACAGCUAUGUAGUGUAGUGUUAAACCAGCGGAACUCUAAAGGCAAUAAAUAUAUGCAUAUGUAUGGGGGAGGGGAAGAGUGGAAAUACAGGUUUACAGCCAGACAUGGUGACAGCCCUUCAGUGUAUUUCUCUGUCUCUUCACUGACCUAGAAGGAUUUGAAUUGCUGCAGCUUUAGACAGAAAAUGUCCACAUUUGCUGAUUGUAGGCCAUAAAUAUGCUUUUAGUACUUACUGCUUUGCUGAUGUAUAAAUAAGAAAUCUGAAAUAUGUACUAUAUGUAAUUAUUUUCUUUUGACUUUAUUUCAAAAUGUAUAUUUUCUGAUUAUUAUCAUGAGCUAUAAAGCAAAAAGAUCAAUAUCUGAUAUUCUCCCAAAUAAUAAAUUUUCAAGAUUCAUUGGGGCAAUAA